UACGCUCGUUGGUCUGGUUUGGCGUGUGCCUGAUGCUGAUUAUUGACGUGCGCCACCAAACGAUUUUCUCAAAUACGUUUUCAAAGUGUUUAAGUGCAUUGCCGACGGCUACAAUUAAAGCAACGACAGUUAAGCUUAGCAUAACGAGGACGACGACGGCUGCAGCUCAAGUGACAACUGCAUCACAGCAACCAAAACAACAACUAAAACAAUUGGAAUAUCAACUACAAGAACAACAACAACAACAACAACAACAACAUCAACAAUCUGAAAAGCAAUCGCACGGCAAUUUGCCUUGCCACGGCGGCGGCGUGUUAAGCGAAAGCUACAAAAUUCUAACCGAAUUAUCGAAAACGCCCCUUAGGGCUGUCGCGCUGGCGUCAUUUCUGGGCGACGGUUUCGCCGCGCUCGGUUCAAGAACACCAUCGGUUAAGGAUCUAAUGGCGUUCGGAUCGGUUUUACAUAAUAAUCAACAUAAUAUCG